UGUGCGAGCGUGCUGGCUCAGCACUGCGAGGCCCUGGAGAAAUCUGCUGCUGCUGUCGUCACCGGCUCCCUGUCGCUGGACUCCUGCUGUAGGAAAGGGCAUGAAGACGGGACGUUCAGCUGCUUCCUGCGAACGCACCGGAGCCUCGUACCUCAGUCUGUUGCUGGAGUUUCAGUAGUAAAGAGAAAUGCCUGACAUGACCCUGCCUGUACCGGUGCCACGGCCAAACUACUCCCAAGCCAGGGAGAACCUGGUGAAGGCGAUCCCACCCCAGAUUCUCUGUUUGCUCACAUGUGGAGGAGUCGACUGUCGCUACGAAGGACCAGCCUGUUGGGGAGCCAACCAGCAGGCCGUCCGGGGCCUCUUCUCCUCUUGGGUGACGGAUGACAUUGUUGCCAUGACACGACCAUCCAACCAUCUUAUUGAGAAAUAUGACAUCAUAGAACAGUUUCAGAGGUUGAAGAUCAAAUCGAUCAUCAACAUGCAGCUCCCCGGGGAGCAUGCUCACUGCGGACCACCGCUGGACCCCGACAGUGGCUUCACUUACUCUCCACAGGUCUUCAUGGAGAACGACGUUUUUUUUUACAACUUCGGGAUGCCAGAUUUUGGUGUGUUCUCCCUGGUUGCCAUGAUCGAUGCAGUGAAGGUGCUGGCCUUUGCCGUGAAGGAGGGGAAAGUGGCCGUGCACUGCCACGCGGGCCUCGGCAGGACGGGAGUGCUGAUAGCCUGCUACCUGAUCUACACGUUGCGCAUCGGUCCGAGUGAGGCUGUGCACUAUGUGCGGAUCAAAAGGCCUUGCUCCAUCCAAACCCGCGCCCAGAUCAGUCAGGUGUUUGACUUCGCCCGCCUGCUGAGCACCCAGUUUACUCAGUACCCAGACCUCGGCCUGCGCCACGGCGCACCCUUCACCCUGCAACACCACCUGAGCCGCCAGGCCCUACUGCUUCAUGGCCAAGAGGCACGCACACUCAAACACACGCCGAAGAUUGUGUUCCUCCUGUGUGUGCGUCUCUCCUGUUUAGCCCUGGGCCUUCCUGCCCCUCCGGAGGUGCACGCUGAGCUCGAGAAGAGUUCAGCGCUAAGGACCCUGGGUAGGACUGUGAGGGAGACCCUGCUGUCCAAACAAUACCUGCCUGUGCUAAGGGAGGGGCAUAGGGGGUCCUGGGUGGGCUCGGGGUCAGUGUCCUCCUGGGAUGAGCCCCUGGGAUUCUUGGAGAGGAAGAGGGAGGUGCUGAUGGACAAACGCAGCUACAGCGACUCUGACCUCAGCAAGAUUACGGAUUUGGAGCCAGGCUCGCUCCGUAUUCCAACUCUGGGAGUUCAGGGAGACUGGUGUGGACAGGACCUGAUAAGGGCUGUCAAAAAUCCUUUCACUCCCAGCCACUCCUCACUUUCAUCUAGCCUUUGGACCAGCAAAAAGGAUUCGCACACACUCAAAAUCUUAACCUCCACUCGCACAAUAACCAGCAACUGUGCAAAGAUGUCAAAGUUCACUGCAAAGAAGAAAACAGCACUUCCCAAGUGCUGCUCCAAUCUUGAGGUCACUCUGCAAAGAAAUCAGAAUGGGUCAAGCCACGCUUCAGUGAUGCGGGCCACUGCCAGGGCGAUGGCGAACCAGGACCCCCCAGAAGAGACUGUUCUGCAAAGGUCAGCGUUACUGCAGGAAGAGCUGAACAGCAGCUGCAGUGGAUGGGCUCUGUUAGUCACCGAGUCGGACCCCCACGUUCUCAGUUGCCUGCUGUGGACCUGGCUGGAGAAAUUAAAGGAGCCUAUUCUGAGUGCAGCGGAUGUAGAAAAGUUGACCGCAGAAGCAAACCACAAGAACUCCCUCGGUGUUCUCAGAAGGGCGCAGCGGCACACCGUCUAUUGUCUGCUGAGCUGUGUGGCUGCAGUGACCAGCCUGUGUCCACACAGCGAGGAGGCGGUUAUUCAGCGUCUAACACGGGCUCUUAUCAGACGCCCUCUGGAGGAGAUGAACGGCCACGCAGCUCUGAUUAAAGUCUUGAGAACCGGUUGCCGCGAGGCUCUUCACCCCUUCAGUGUCCCAACCAGGGCCUGCAGCAGGGCCUGCAGCAGGACCUGCACCAGGACCUGCACCAGGGCCUGCACCAGGACCUGCAGCAGCAGCGCCAACGCUUAAGGAACAGACGAGCCCCACACGAUGGAUGAGAAA